GAGGCAGUACCUGGUGGCGGAGGGCGUCGCGGUGGGCGGGGCGUCGCGCCUGCGGUCCGCUGGGAGCCUUGGAUUCCGCGCAGUUUUGCAGAACACUGAUAUCUUUGGACUCUAACAUGGACUUCGUUUAAAGAAACCCACGGACCGUUAACGGACAAAAACAUGAAUCAAUUUGUAUUGUGGCAUUCAAAUCCUAGCACUUUGGGAGAGCAGCAAGUACCAAGUUUUGAAGACCAUGGCCUCUCAUCAUUAUGCAUUCAAGAUUUGAGUUCGAAUAACCUCAUCAAGACUUAGCGCCUCUUCGGAAGCUUCAGGCGUUGGAGCCCUCUCAUGCACCAAAACUCUCUUCCAGCGACCCUCUGAGUGUCGUCUCAGGACCCAGGUCACACUCAUGGCACGAUGGCCAGCCCUCAGGAGCACCUGAGCUCCCCCUCGCCGCCACACUUAGCCUCGGGUGAAAACACGCCGUCCAGUGGCCUGCAGGAUGGACUCGCAGCUAUGGGGAACCGCCCUCCGCCCAAGCUCCUCGAGGACCAGCAGGAAAAGGGGGUGGUGCGCCCGGAGCUGAUGGACAGCGUAAGCAGCCCCGUCACCACGACGGUGCUGACCAGCGUGAGUGAAGAUUCCAGGGACCAGUUCGAGAACAGUGUUCUGCAGCUACGGGAGCAGGAUGAGUCGGAGCUGGCCGUGUCUCAGGGGAACAGCGGUAACGUGGACCGAGAGAGCACAGGCGGAUCCGAAGACAUCAAGAUUCAGUUCAGCAAUACUUGGGAAGUGCCAUUUGAAGAGAUCUCAGAGCUACAAUGGCUGGGUAGUGGAGCCCAAGGGGCUGUCUUCUUGGGCAAGUUCCGAGCGGAGGAAGUGGCCAUCAAGAAAGUGAGAGAACAAAAUGAGACGGAUAUCAAACAUCUGAGGAAGCUGAAGCACCCUAACAUCAUCGCAUUCAAGGGCGUGUGUACUCAGGCCCCGUGUUACUGCAUCAUCAUGGAAUACUGUGCCCACGGACAGCUCUACGAGGUCCUGCGAGCUGGCCGGAAGAUCACACCUCGGCUGCUGGUAGACUGGUCCACCGGCAUUGCAAGUGGGAUGAACUAUCUGCACCUCCAUAAAAUUAUUCAUCGUGAUCUCAAAUCACCUAAUGUUUUAGUGACUCACACAGAUGCAGUAAAAAUUUCAGAUUUUGGUACAUCUAAGGAGCUCAGUGAUAAAAGUACCAAGAUGUCCUUUGCUGGCACAGUUGCAUGGAUGGCACCAGAAGUGAUUCGGAAUGAGCCCGUCUCCGAAAAAGUUGAUAUAUGGUCUUUUGGAGUGGUGCUCUGGGAGCUGCUGACAGGAGAGAUCCCAUACAAAGAUGUAGAUUCUUCAGCCAUUAUUUGGGGUGUUGGAAGCAACAGCCUGCAUCUUCCAGUCCCUUCCACUUGCCCUGAUGGAUUCAAAAUCCUUAUGAAGCAGACAUGGCAGAGUAAACCUCGCAACCGGCCUUCUUUUCGGCAGACACUCAUGCAUUUGGACAUCGCCUCUGCAGAUGUACUUGCCACCCCACAAGAAACUUACUUCAAGUCUCAGGCUGAAUGGAGAGAAGAAGUGAAAAAGCACUUUGAGAAGAUCAAAAGCGAAGGCGCGUGUAUACACCGCUUGGACGAGGAGCUGAUCCGAAGGCGCAGAGAGGAGCUCAGGCAUGCAUUGGACAUCCGUGAACACUACGAGAGGAAGCUCGAGCGGGCGAAUAAUUUAUACAUGGAGCUGAGUGCCAUCAUGCUGCAGCUGGAAAUGCGCGAGAAGGAGCUCAUUAAGCGUGAGCAAGCAGUGGAGAAGAAGUAUCCCGGGACCUACAAGCGACACCCUGUGCGUCCAAUCAUCCACCCCAAUGCCAUGGAGAAACUGAUGAAAAGAAAAGGUGUGCCUCACAAGGCUGGGAUGCAGACCAGACGACCAGAUCUGCUGAGGUCUGAAGGUAUCCCCAGCACAGAUGUGCCUCCCACUGCAUCCCCACUGUCUGGAAGUCCCAAAACGCCCACCUCAAGCAGCAAAAGCCGACCCCGCGGCAAACCACGCCAUCGCCGAGGGAGCAGCAGUGGCAGCCAUAGUGACUUUGCGGCCAUCCUGAAGAACCAGCCAGCCCGGGAGGAACCCCCCCACCCCACCCAUCCUCACCAGGCCCAGCCCCAGCACCCUCCUCUCCAGCCCAGUAACCCUCUGCAGCAGCAAUACCAGCACCCCGCUCCUGCCACUUCUCAGAGUCACCACCCCAGACUCAAUAUGCACGGGCAGGACAUUGCGACCUGCGCCAACAACCUGCGCUACUUCGGCCCAGCGGCAGCCCUGCGGAGCCCGCUCAGCAACCACGCUCACAGACAGAUGCCGGGCUCCAGCCCUGACCUCAUCUCUACAGCCAUGGCGGCAGAUUGCUGGAGAGGUUCUGAGCCUGACCAGGGCCAGCCUGGUCCCUGGGGCUGCUGCCAGGCUGACCCGUACGAGCCCUGCCUCCAGUGCAGGCCAGAGCAGAGAGGCGCCUCAGACAUACCCUGUGCUGAGGCGGCGGGGAGGAGCCCCAGCCUCUCCAACUCACCAGCACACCAUCCCCUCUCGGACAACGCCCGCUCUGAGGACCCGGAGGAGAAUGAAUUCAGUGGCCGUAGGUCCAUGUCAUCCCUUGGUACCCCUCAUCACAUCACCCCCCCAAUGCUACCUCGAAAAACAAGACCCCUUCAGAAGAGUGGAGAUGACUCCUCAGAAGAGGAAGAAGGGGAAGUAGAUAGCGAAGUUGAAUUUCCACGAAGACAGAGGCCCCAUCGCUGUCUCAGCAGCUGCCAGUCGUACUCAACGUUUAGCUCUGAGAAUUUUUCUGUGUCGGAUGGAGAGGAGGGAAACACCAGUGACCACUCGAACAGCCCUGACGAGCUGGCUGGUAGGCUGGAGGACCGCCUGGCAGAGAAGCUGGAUGACCUGCUCUCCCAGACGCCGGAGACCCCCAUCGAGAUAUCCUCGCACUCGGACGGGCUCUCGGACAAGGAGUGCGCCGUGCGCCGCGUGAAGACGCAGAUGUCCCUGGGCAAGCUGUGUGCCGAGGAGCGGGGCUAUGAGAACCCUUUGCAGUUUGAAGAAUCGGACUGUGACUCUUCGGAUGGGGAGUGUUCUGACGCCACAGUUAGGACCAAUAAGCACUACAGCUCCGCCACCUGGUAGUGAAGCAGAACCGUCCUGCAGGUCUCAUGACCACACGGGCAUUCGAGUCCACACCCCAGACUCCUCCUGCUCUCUCCCUGCUUUCUGUCUGGGAAGAGAGCUUCCCAUCGUUACUCCCCCCUAGAAAUGAGCUGCAAUAACAGGAACAUGAGACUUUGCAAAUCUCUGGAAAAAUAAUAUCCAAAUGAAAUUAAGUCUCACUGAACAUUUCAAUCAAGAAUGGCAGGGAUCUAUUUUAUUGAAUAUUCUAGCUACUGUAACAUUGAUAUUUAUUUUUGUUUGACAUUUUAACACUUUGUACUGUAAAGAGUGAACUAUAUAUGAUAUAGAGACAAUAAUUUCUUGCAAAAAAGAGAGACAGAGAAAAAAAAAAAGAAAGAAAGAAAGAAGAAAUGGAAUUUAGGAGCAACAGCCCUGGGAGUCCGUGGGGCCGGGAGGUAUUCUUGCUGCUUCAAUAGGGGACCGGGUCUGUUGGCUGUAACUGACCGAAGAAGAGCCAGAGCAAGACAUAUUGAGCAUUUCACACACAAAGAACAGCAAAAGAAAAGCAAUUCCAGGUAACGUGCGAACGGACGACAGAGUUCAGCCAGCUUGUCCAGGUGGCUGAUGGCAACGGCCUAGACCUGAUGG